GUCGGCCAAAAUCUCCUCCCACUGCCGGCCAGUGGGCUUCCUCUCACAAGCAUAUUUGAUGAAAACACCAAGCGGAUGCUUCACAUUUAUACAUCCGGUAAAAUAUCUGUCUCAUUGUUCUAUCUGUGGCCGUACACCACCAACACAGCACUUCUUAUUUUUUCAAGUAUAUGUGGCAACUGGCUUAAGCUGUUAUUGUUUUAAAAUAUGGAUAGUUAUCAUUUUGUGUAGUUUUGGUGUAUUUUUUUCUUACGGUCGUUAGCGAUAGAUGGGGACUCGGCACAAAGAUAUGCAUAGUUUGGAGUCUUACUCAAAGAAGGGAAAACGAAACAGCCGACUGUGAUUCACAAAUAACGCUCCUGUGCCGGGUCAGGUGUCUAAAGUCUUCCAGACAAGAUGGUGAAGAGGAGGCAGAAAUGUCCUAGAGAGGACGAAGUGAUAGACCUGACUGGUCCGUCGUGCAGCCAUAUCCGUAAAGGUGUAGACUCCAGCUUCCUGAAGAAGACUGGGAUAGACUGCGCCUGUAACAGCUGCCAAGACUGUAAGGGUGAAGAGCCGGCUGCCACUGUACAGGCUCCAUCAGAGGAGAUGAGCGAAACACCAACGAUAUGGAUGUGCUUAAAAUGCGGACACAGAGGGUGUGGGCGUACCUCUGAGGAUCAGCAUGCUAUCAAGCACUACGAGAAGCCUCGGUCAGACCCUCACUGUCUGGUGCUCAGCCUGGACAACUGGAGCGUCUGGUGUUACAUCUGUGAUGAUGAUGUCCAGUACUCCAAAACAGGCCAUCUGGCUCAGUUGGUGAGCAACAUUAAGAAACAGGCCUUGUCUGAGCCCCGGAAACAAAGUCCACAGAGAAAGCAUUCAAUAGUGAAGCUGGAGCACAGCAUGAUAGAAGAGCCACAGGAAACCAAGCCAGAAGAGAAGGAAGAGAACACAGUGACACAACCGAAAGAAAACCAGAAGAAGAACGGCAAGAAAGAAAGUGGUUUGAAAGAGAACAGCAGUUUGACUAAAGGACAUAAGGCAGUGGGAGGAGCCAGCAGCGGUGCAGUGGGAGGAGCCAGCAGCGGUGCAGUGGGAGGAGCCAGCAGCGGUGCAUUGUCAGUUAGAGGACUCAGUAACCUUGGAAACACCUGUUUCUUCAACUCCGUUGUUCAGACCCUCUCUCAGACACAGCUGUUGAGACAGGUCAUCAACAAGGUGACAGCUGAAGAGAAGACCAGUGUCACCAUCACACCUGGAGUCUCCUCAGACCUGGAACCCAUCCUGGUGCAGCUAGGUCCUCCGGGGUCUCUGACCGUGGCGAUGUGUCAGAUCCUGAAUGAGAUCCAGGAGACUAAGAAGGGGGUGGUCACCCCGAGAGAACUUUUCAGUCAGGUCUGCAAAAAAGCGGCGCGGUUUAAAGGGUUCCAGCAGCAGGAUAGCCAGGAGCUUCUCCGCUACUUGCUGGAUGGGAUGAGAGCUGAGGAGAUGAAAAGACUGAACUCUGGAAUAUCGGAAGCACUGAAAAAACAUGGAAGAGAUGCUGAACAAUCGAAGACGUUGGUCAAGGAGUAUGAGAAGAAGGGAGCUCCUAAUAACUUCGUAGACCAGGUGUUUGGUGGGGAGAUGACCAGCACGGUCAUGUGUCAGCAAUGCAAGACGGUUUCUUUGGUCAAGGAGAUGUUUCUGGAUCUGUCCCUUCCUGUCUCAGACCAGGCCUACAGGAAGAAGAGUCAGAAGAAAGGAGCGGGGAACCAGAAGGCUAGCAGUGAGGUGAAAUAUAAUAACGGAGACAGCCCUAGCCCUGUCGCCAUGACCAACGGUGACACCGAUGACCUUCCUACUGGCGUGGGCAGCAAGUACCAGCAGAAGAAACAGAAGAAACAGGCCAAGAAACAGGCCAAGAACCAGAGACGUCAGCAGAAGCUAGUCACCCUGGACAGCUUCACACCUCCAGAGAACACCGCAGAGAGCCCAGUCCCAGCAGAGGAGGGAGAGGAGACAGGAAAUAGUACCCAGGGAGAGGAGGAGGAGCCUCUGGUUGAGAACCAAUCAUCAGAGACCGAGAGGACCGAGAGGUCCGAGACCGAGAGGUCCGAGACCGAGAGGUCCGAGACCGCUCCCUCAGAGCAGGACCAAGAGAAACCUCAGGGGGCAGGGCACACAGAGAAAGAGGAGGAGGAUUGUGAACCAGUGGCUGUAUGGUCUGUGUCCAACAACCACUCCACUGUGAUGUCAGAAGAACAGAGUCCCCAGUCCCCUGAGGGGGUUGUAAAAAGAGACAGACACGAGGCUGAACAUAGAGGAGAGGAGGAGGAGGAUGAUGAUGAUGGUGACGCUGCCAAACCGUCUGGAGAUGAGGAAGACACCAAACUGACAGACAAGCUGGGUGAACUAUCUCUGAACGAAGCCUUUAUAGCCUCUGAGGACUCAGACCUGGAGCUGGGGUGCAGAGACAGAGACACGUCUGCUGAGACAGAAACGGAGACAAAGCUGGAGCGGAAGGAGUACACAAUCUCUCACCAGGACCCUAAGCUGGCCUUUCACACGCUGGCCACCAGGGCGGUGCCAGAGAAACAGGAGUGCUCUGUGGAGUCCUGUCUGUACCAGUUCACAGAGGUAGAGAACCUCACUCAGAACAACUCUCUUCUCUGUGUCACCUGCACCAAGAGACAGACCAAAAACAAGGCUGCAGAAGGCUCCAAGAAGAAUGUGUACACAGAUGCUCUGAAGCAAAUGCUGAUCUCGUCUCCCCCUCCGGUGCUUACGCUUCACUUGAAGAGAUUCCAGCAGAUUGGAUACAGUGUGUGUAAGGUGAACAGCCAUGUUAACUUCCCUCACAUUCUAGACGUAGCACCAUUCUGCUCUGUCGUAUGCAAGGGUGUGUCGGAGGGAGACUCUCAGGUGCUUUACAGUCUGUAUGGUAUAGUAGAACACAGUGGGACUAUGAGAAGUGGCCAUUAUACAGCCUACGUCAAAGCCAGACCUUUCUGUCCCUCCACUACACACAACGGAGUGGGCACACAAGGCGAGCCAGAGCCGGUGAAAGGUGCGUGGUUCCACGUGAGUGACAGUAGUGUGCAGCCAGUCACAGAGAGCAAAGUGCAGAGCUCCCAAGCCUACCUCCUAUUCUACGAGAGGAUCUCCUAGACCUGCCUACGUCCCAACGUGUACCCUAUUUACCUACAUACAUACUGUAGGCUGUGUUUACACAGGCAGCCCUGGUUCUGAUCUUUUGACAAUAAUUGGUCUUUUGACCGAUCAGAUCUUAUUCCAAUACUUGGGCAAAAGAUCAGAAUUGGGCUGGCUGUUUAAACGCAGCCAUAGUGCACUACUUUUGGCCAGAGCCUUAUUAUGCAGCCUUAUGAGGCUUUUCCCAGCCAAACUUAGUGCACUAUAAAUGCCCUAUUCCCUACAUAGUGCACUACUUAUGCCCUGAGACAUUGUACUGGUAUUGAUAUAAGCCAGAUGAAGUGCAGAGUGAAUACGAGUGGAUUAUUUUUGUUUUUAUAGUCAUUAUAAAGGGUUGUGUCUUAAAUGGGACCCUAUUGCCUAUGUAGUGCACUACAUUUGACCAGAACCCUAUUUGCCCUGGUCAAAAGCAGUGUACUAAAAUAGGGAAUAAAACAUUAGGGUGACAUUCGAGACAUUGACAAAGAGAAUUCAUUAAGAUCAUGACUGGGGAUGUCCCUAAAGGAAAAAUAUUUAGCUUGGAAGUAUUUUUUUUUUUGUCUGUCAAUUAAUUGUAUCAGCAAGGGACAUAAAAAGAAUCCCAAAGUAUUUUUACUGUGCAUAUGUGACUAUACAGUGUUUUUUUUUUUUUUUUUGGAAAAGAGGGGAGCACAGAUCAUUGUGUGUGUCCCAAAGUGCACCGUAUAUAAGGGCACUACAUUUUGAUCAGAGGUCUACAUUGGAAAUCAGGUGCCAUUCAAAACGCAGCCAUUCUAUCCUCUUAGACAUGAAACCAUAGAAGAGUAUGUUGAUUGAUCUGUCUGAUUGCUUGGUGUGUUACACAGUAUAAGCAAAAUAAACCUGCCAAUACCUUUUAUUAUUAUUAUUAUUAUUGCUGCAAUAUGUGGCUUUUUGGGCAGACCUGACCAAAUUCACAUAGAAGUGCAGUUAUAGAUCUGUCAUUCUUAUUAAAGCAAGUUUAAGAAUUGGUAGAUAUGUUCUAUAUGUUCUAUUUCUGAAAAUACAAUAUUUUUGGUUAUUGAAAAUAUAUUUCCCAGCGGUUAAGAUGGUAUAAUUAUUAUCUACACUAUACUUGCUUAUUUUGUCACGAACUGUAAUUAGGCAAAUUAUUAUAAUUUUAGCAACCGGGAAAUGGCAUAGAUUUCUGCAUAGUGCUCCUUUGAAAUUGUUAAAAACGAUCAGUGGAAAAACAAUUUUUAUGACAUUUUUUAUUUGAGUACUUUUUAUAUUGUGUUGUCAAGAUGCAAAUUAAAAAGCUUGAAAUACA